AUGCCUCCCACAAUGCAUCCCUUGAAAACGGUUCCUAGCUGGAAAUACUACUUUGCCGCACAUCAUCCAGACGUCCAUUUACAUCACCUAGCCUCACCUAGCUACAGAUUGCUGCCAUGGCUCGUGUUAAAAGUUGCCUUUCUGUUCUGCUGCUAUUCCUUGCUGAGGGGCUCUCUCAGCUGGUGAGAACACAGCAGGUUGUCACAGCAACCCUGGGAGAGGACGCUCACUUCAGCUGCAGGCUCAUGAAACCCAAAGACGUGCUUCAAGUCACCUGGCAGAAAGUGACACCAGGGGCGAUUGAAAAUGUGGCCACCUACAACAAACGAUUUGGACCAGUAGUCAACCCACCUUUUAAGGGGAAAGUGGAGUUUGAAGACGAGGGUCUGCAGAACUGCUCUAUCAUCAUCAGAGGAGUGUCAAGAGGAGAUGAGGGCUGCUACAAGUGUCUGUUUAACGCCUAUCCAGAUGGAGCUAUCAGUGGCAGGACCUGUCUCCGAGUUAAUGAGCUGUAUGGACCCUCACUCCUCAUUACACAAACCAACAACAGUCACACCACUCUGUCCUGUUCUGCUACUGGACGACCUGCUCCUAUAGUGACCUGGGAAGACUCAGAAAUUCUAGAAAAUUCCACAAUUGCCGAUGUCACCCAUCCCAAUGGAACUGUCACUGUCACCAUAACUGCCGCGGUGGCAGCAUUCAGUCUCCCUGACAAAGACACCAUGGUUAGGUGUGUAGUGUCAUCCGGCGGUGCCAUCAAGCAGCGUUCCAUGGUGAUUCCAGCUAGGGAUCAAGCUUCAUUUGCAGGUCAAUCUCAGGUUUCUGAUGAUGACUGGAUCAGUGAUGCAGUGGCUGGUUCAGUGGUUGGUGCAGUGAUGGGUUCAAUGUGUCUCAUUGCUGUAUUCUGUGUAAUACUGUGGUUUCUUAAGAGGAGAAAAGAUACUUCGUCCAGAAAAGCCCCAGCGUCUGACCCUGAAAUCAGUAGGACUCCCACAAAGACACCAACUGAAUGGGACACACCAACCUCCAGUCCACCAACCAGGGACACACCAACCUUCACUCCAUCACAAAUGACCACACCAACCUCCAGUCCAUUCCAAAUGUUACACUCCCUCAGCUCCUCAGCCAAGCGUAGGAUGCAACAAGCACAAGAUGUUGUAGAGAAAAUAUUUCUUGAGAGACCAGAUGACCUGCAAUGUAGAAGGAAACUUUUAGAGGGUUACGAGAACUGAGUGACUACCACACUGCCUCACACACAUCUGUGUGGUUCGGAGACCAUUUCUAUCCAUAGGCAUUAUGGCUACUGAAUAGUGGACUGAAUGGAUGACACACAUAGAUAGGCCUGCUGGUUACUGUAUAUGUAAAUACAGUGUGUAUGUAAAUAUAUUUAGCAGUUGGGUAAUGAUGAAAAAUGAUAAAUCCACACUAGACUUGUGUUUUGUUUUAUUCUUCACUUUUUUAAAUAAAUCAAAUGUUGUAAUAUUAUAACCUACACAAUG